UACUUCUUUUGAUAAAACAUAUUUUGGUCAUUUUUAUUUUUAAGAUCUAUAUUUGUGACAAAAAUUUUCUUAGGUCUAUACUAUAAUUUUUUCCAUAUUAUAUGUUUUCAUUACAACAAAACAAACUUUGUAAAUUUUAUAGUACAAUGGUUUUUAAAAGAAUUGAACCGAGUAAUGUAAAUUAUAAGUUCUUUCCUUCAAUAGACUUUUUCUUUUUGCAAAUGAAAGAAAGUUUAUUUAUGGCAUAAAUGAGAUUGUGAAGUUUUGAAUUUUGAUAUGACAUUUAAUAAAGGAUUGUGAUACAUUUUUGUUGUUAAAAACUAUAUAUACAUUUCAAAAGCUUUUGGUAAUCCAAAGUUUCUAUGAUAUAACUAAAAACAUUAAGAUUAAUAAAAUUGGAAAUAAUUUAAUUAGUUUGUCAUGAAUUAGAGUUUGUUGCUAACAUGGAUUACAACAAACUUAAUGGGCCAAGUUGAAUCUGAUGUUGUUUUCAAAAGAUUUUUUUGUUCUAGGUAAGUUUUUAACUUACAUUAUAUGCAAAAUAAGGAAAAGAGAAUAUAUGGGAUAUUUAAUAGAGGAGAAUAUUUAGGGGUGGUUAAUUUUUCAAAUGAUUUUGUGAUAUAGGAAAUAUUAAUAAAUGUUGAAAUUCUAUUGGGUAGCAAAUACUGCAAAACGAUUGGUUCAUUUUAUGGUUGAAAUUAAUAAAUUGUUUUAUGCAAAAAUAUGGCAAUGACAUAACUUGUAAAUAACAUAACAAUUUAAGGGUAUAAUCCUAUUAAAUAUUCUGCUUUAAUAGUAUUGAUAACAUUAUAACACAUUAGGAAAGAAAAGUAAAUGUAUUAAUUACAACAUUUAUAGAAAAGAUUUCUCUACCGAGCAUCAUAUGCCAAAUGUGGAUGGAAAUAAUCACUUUAAAAUGUAAUCUUUGGGGGUGAUUAGUUUGGGAUCUUUGAUGCUGAUCUCCACGAUUUUUGCUCAAUAUUCUUUUCAAGAUUAGUUAUGCGUUUCCUAUGGAGACAAAGACCUAAAGUUAAUUUUGUUUUGGCAAAGAUAUCUUAGCCAACUGGCACUAUACCCCACUUCGAUCCCUCCUCCAUACACAUCUCUUUAUAAAGAGCAAGAACUCUUCGACAUCUGUACACACAUCAUUUCCUCAUUAUAUUAUUACUACUACAAAGAAAACAUCAACUUUAUAUACACUCAUUUUCACAAUGGCAUCAAACUCAAUGUCUGCUUAUGGAUCUGGCGCAUGGACUGUUAAGCAGAGCAAAGCCUUUGAGAGUGCUCUAGCAACCUAUGACCAGGACUCCCCUGACCGUUGGUACAAUGUCGCUAGAGCUGUUGGUGGGACAACACCAGAUGAAGCUAAGAGACAAUACGAGCUUCUCGUACGUGACAUAGAAAGCAUUGAGAAUGGGCACGUGGCAUUCCCUAACUACAAGACUAAUGGAGGCAGCACUAAGGGCAGGCUGCGUGAUGAGGAAAAAAGGAUGAGAAGCAUGAAGCUGCAGUGAAAGAACAGAACCUAUAAACUAUGGUAUGAUGAUGGUCAAGAAUAAAAAAGAAACACGCAGAAAGAUGUGUUAGUCAACUUUAAGCAUGUUUGUAUUGCUCUUUCCCACAAGCUUACAAUCUACUACUAGUAUGUCGAGGUGUAAAACAAAAAAAGCCCUCGAGUUAAUUAAUCAAAUAUAUUCUAGGGUUCUUCUUAAUGAAAAAAAUCCAAUUGUCUGAAUCAAUUACAAAAAAUGUUGAUCAUAGAGUAAGGGAUAAUUCAAAGGAUUAAGAAGAACCCACGUCAAGAAGGAAUCAAUAAACCAA